CAGUUAACCUAAUCAUAAAAUGUUUUCCAAAAAGUUCAGUAUUUUUAUUAUCGGUUUAUACUAUAUUCCUCAACUGAUACCAUCCAGAAAGGUUUCAAACACCAAUGGACAUGACUGUGUAGCAAAAGACUUCGGCCAAGACAGUACAGUAUGUGUAUGUAAUGCCAGUUAUUGUGACACCAUACCUUUAAUUGAAAAAUUAAACUCCUCAAUGUAUGUCAAAAUUACAACCAACAAAGAUGGUCUGAGGUUCCAUAAGGAAAUUGGAAUAGUUGAAGUAAUUGAGAAUAAAGCUUCAUACAGUGACAUUGUUAUUAAUGUUAAUGCAUCCGUUGAAUAUCAAGCUAUCCAUGGAUAUGGCGGGGCAUUUACAGAUGCCACAGGAAUCAAUUUGGCCUCAUUGGAUGGAAAAGUGGCUGAACAAAUUAUGAAGUCUUAUUUUGGAAUAGAAGGCAUUGGGUUUAGUUUGUGCCGUGUUCCAAUAGCAGCUACUGAUUUUUCAACACGUCCUUAUACUUAUUUAGAAAACGAAGAUCCUGAGUUAACUUCAUUUUCUCUUCAAGAAGAAGAUUAUCAGUACAAGAUUCCAUACAUUCUUCAAGCGUUGAAUCUAACCAAUAAUAACCUUAAACUGAUUUCAUCGCCAUGGAUAGCUCCUUUAUGGAUGAAAACUAUAGCAAGUUACGCAGGAUCAGGAACGAUCAAGGAAGAAUAUCAUCCGACGGCGACGUGGGCAAAAUAUCUUUUGAAGUUCUUAGAAGAAUAUGAAAAGCAAGGAAUUGAUUACUGGGGUAUAACAACUGGAAACGAACCUAGUUUGGCUCUAUACCCAGAUGCAAUUCAAAGCACCCCUACUGUAGCUUGGACUUCAGCAGAUAUGCAAAAAUUUAUCAAAGACCAUUUAGGACCAACUAUUGAAAAUUCAUCAUAUUCAACAAUCAACCUAAUUGCGUUAGAUGAUCAAAGGGGAUAUCUUCCAGACUUAAAUGAGAUACUUAAUGAUUCAGCUGUUAAUAACUACAUUGAUGGAAUUGGUAUUCACUGGUAUCAAGACUGGUAUGAAUCUGCCAAUUUACUUGACGAAGUACACAAUAGGUAUCCAAAUAAAUUCCUUUUGGGAACUGAAGCUUGCUCUGGUAGUACCGUAAUAGACUUAAUAUUUAAUACCCGAGUUUUAUUAGGGUCAUGGCAAAGAGCAGAAGAUCAAGCGAAAGAUAUAAUUGAGGACAUGAACCAUUGGGUAACGGGUUGGAUAUCUUGGAAUAUGGUUCUCAAUACAGAUGGAGGUCCUAGUUAUACAUCUAAUUUUGUAGACGCUCAUAUUAUAGCAAACAUAACAGCAAAUGAAUUUUAUAAACAGCCUGCCUUUUAUACGCACGGACACUUUUCAAAAUUGGUACCUCCGAAUUCUAAAAGAAUUCAGAUGAUACUUCAGGCAAAUAAUAAUGAAAGUGAUGUAGUAAGCACUGCUUUCAAAAAACCGGAUGGUGGAAUUGUAAUUACAGUUUUAAACAGCUCAGAUAAAACCCUGGAUAUUAAUAUAAUUGAUGAGGAUUUGAGGAUAAUAGAGACAGUAACACCUAAUUCAUUAUCUACAAUCUUGUAUUGGAAAGACUGAUAAAUGUUUCUUUUUUGUCUUAGAUUAAGUUUAGUUUAUAACAAAUAUGCUACCUAAUAUAGGCUAUGUAUAUUGAAAAUAACAAUUAUUAUAAUCCUUGUUUAUAAUAAACAAAGUUAUAAGAACUAUA